AUGAAAAGAGAGAUUUCAAAAGGAAAUGAUGAAGGCUCUUCAAGCAAUGUUUUCAAAGAGCCUAUUCAUGAAUCUAAGAGUAAUGAGGUGAUGCAAGAGCCCCAAGAGAUUGAGGGUGAGAAAGUUGUUGCAAAAGAUCCAAUAGUCAUUCCGUACCCACAAAGACUCAAGGCUCCUCAAAAGGGAAGGUGUAAUGUUGAAAUGCUUGAAUUGUUCCAACAAGUGAAGGUGAAUAUACCUCUGCUUGAUGCCAUAAAGCAAGUACCUACAUAUGCUAAAUUUUUAAAGGAUGUGUGCACUGUGAAGCGAAAGCAUAAUGUGCAUAGCAAAGUCCUUUUGGCUGAACAAGAAUGGUUUAAUGAAAUCUCAUUUGGGAACAUGACUACCAAACAUAACAUUUUUAAUGUCAUGAAGCAAGUUGGGGAUGAUGGUGAUGUGUUUGAAGCUAAUAGCAUUGAUGCUUUUUCGCAGGAACACUUGGAUGCCUUCUCUUGUGAAGACCCUCUUAAAGCAUGCUUGGUAAAUGUUGUGGAGGAUGACUGUGUUGAGAACCCCAAAGCGGAGCACUUCCACUCUCUUCUCAAUAUAGUUGAGGUCUUUGAAGUUCAUGGUUGGAUUCCUAGAUUUGAGGAGUUAACUCCUUCUGAGACUAAAAUUUUACCAUCUCAUGUCCGACCACCCAAGCCUGAGCUAAAAUCAUUGCCAUCACAUUUAAAAUAUUCUUUUCUAGGUGAGGGAGAGACUUACCCUGUGGUGAUAUCCUCUACAUUAGAGGAAGUCCAAGAGGCCAAAUUGUUAGACUUGUUGAGAUCCCAUAGGAGUGCUAUAGGAUGGAGCAUAGCUAAUAUCAAAGGUAUUAGCCCCUUGGUCUGCACACAUAAGAUUUACCUUGAGGAAGAUGCCAAACCAUCUCGUCAACCACAGCGUAGAUUGUACCCUAUAAUGAAAGAGGUAGUUCGGAAGGAAGUCUUGAAGCUUUUGGAUGCAGGUAUCAUUUACCCCAUCGCUGAUAGCAAGUGGGUUAGUCCCACUCAAGUGGUACCAAAGAAGUCGGGAGUGACUGUGAUUGUUGAUGAGAAUGAUGAGUCAAUUCCAACUAGUAUUCAAAUGGUUUGGCGUGUGUGCAUUGAUUACAUAAAAUUGAACUCUUACACUAGGAAUGAUCAUUUCCCGCUUCCGUUUUUGGACCAGGUCCUAGAGAGAGUGGCUGGUCACUCUUUCUAUUGUUUUUUGGAUGGGUAUUCUGGUUACAAUCAGAUCGAGAUUGCCUUAGAGGACCAAGAAAAAACUACAUUCACUUGUCCUUUUGGCACAUUUGCUUACAAGAGAAUGCCCUUUGGAUUGUGUAAUGCACCGGGAACUUUUCAACGGUGCAUGAAUGGUAGUUGCAUUCAGGAUUGA